AUGGCUGACUUGGUCAAAUGGUGUCUGUACAUUGUGUAUUAUUACGGACGAUUUACCGGCCUGGUGAACUUUGAGAUCGAUUUGAAAACGGGAAGGACACGUGUCACCAAAUGGGCCACCAUUUAUGCAGCCUUUGUCCAAAUUAUUUUAUUCACCAUACUGUUUUAUCACACAUUAGGAAUUCGAUUUAUUACCAGUAUGUGGGUAAAGGCCAACUUGCUACACGAGUACGUGUUUAUGAUAAUGUCCGUGCUUCGGAUCCUUUGUGUACUGAUGGCUCUGAUUAGUCGCUGGUUUAUGCGUCGACGAUUUGUGCGAUUGUUUAACUCAUUCCGCCGCCUAUUUCAAAGUAAUCCGGAGGCGAUUCAAUACUGUCGAAUGGGAAUCGCUGCCAAGUGUCUCUGCAGCAAGGCUACGGAAAUCCUGCAGGUCACAAUUGCUUUGGUAAUUGUGAAAAAAUAUUUAACUAUUCACCUAGUGCUUGGCAUCUGGUCGGUGGUAUCUUUGACGGCCAUUAUUAAUUUGAUCAUUACCCAGUAUUACAUUGCAAUUGCAAAUAUACGUGGGAGCUACAUGCUCCUAAAUAAGGAGCUGCGAUUGAUUUUGUCCGAAACGCAAUCCCUGAUUCCCAACCGACGCGGAGUCUUUGUGACCAAAUGUUGCCAUUUGGCCGACCGUUUGGAUAUUAUAGCUCGAACACAAUCUGAGUUACAAGAUCUCACAGAUCGCCUAUCGAAAACCUACGAGGUACAGAUUUUCUGGAUGGCCAUUUCCUACUACCUAAACUCAGUUGGAAGCAUCUACAUCAUGUUCAGCUUCGGCAAGUAUAAAAACAUGGUCGAAGAUUGGCCUCUGUCGGUUGUCGUGUUGGGAGUAGCGUAUUUUUUAUUUUUCUAUUUCGAUAACUGGAUAAAUAUGUACGGAGUUUUCGAACUUUCGGACUUACACGCCGAAAUGUUAAUUCUCAUGGAGCAGCGAACUGUCCUUUUGCCAUGCUUAGACAAUCGUUUGGAGGCAGCAUUCGACAGCUUCGGGCUUAGCCUGGCCCGCAAUCCUUUCAAGCUUCGAUUUUUUGGAGUAUUUGAAGCCAAUCGAAGCACGUUACUGCCAUGGGCUAACUCUUUGAUAAUCAACUCAUUAUUUCUCAUUCAAUAUGACAUGCAGAAUUUCUAA